AUGGCUACCACCGAAAGCGAACGCGCAGCCAAUCUCCAAGAUGCCCAAGACAAAGCGGCCCAAUUAUUCAUAGAAAUCGAACGAGACCUCGUCCGUCCCGGUAUUAGCGAAAAAACACUCAAUGCGGAGAUCUACCAACUCGGAUUCGAUCGCUACGGCAUAAAAACCCACUGGCACAAACGAGUCAUCCGCAGUGGUCCAAACACUUUAAGUCCCUUCUCCGAUAAUCCACCGGACCGCAUCAUUCAACCCGACGAUAUCCUAGUCGUGGAUCUAGGUCCCGUCUUCGAAGCCUGGGAAGCUGAUUUCGGCCGCACCUAUGUCCUCGGUGAUGAUCCGCAUAAGAUCAAAUUGAGAGAUUCUUUACAGCCUGUUUGGGAUAUCGUGAAGGGGAAGUAUCUCCAGAACCCGGAUAUGUCGGGCGAAGAGCUUUAUGAUAUUUCGGUUCAGGUUGCGCGGGAAUAUGGAUUUGAUUUCGGGGCUGAUAUUGCCGGGCAUAUUGUUGGGAGUUUUCCGCAUGAGAGGAUUCCGAAGGAUAGAGUAGCUCUUUAUAUUACGAAAGGUAAUGGGGAGACUAUGAAUACGGUGGGGAAGGAUGGGUUUAAGAGGCAUUGGAUUUUGGAGAUUCAUUUGAGGGAUACGGAGCGUGGGUUUGGGGGGUUUACGGAGCAGUUGUUGACUGUUGGUUAA